CCUGAGCAAACAAAGAAGUCCUGGUGCCUCCGAGACCUCAUAUCUAGACCAUGAAUGCCUGUGCUGCAAUGUUUCCUCGCCCCUCUAUCUUGGAAGGAUGGAAUUCCAACAUCGAUGGCAGGAUCCUGGUAUCUUUAGUCCCGCAGCUUGGACUACACUGUGCAAUGUUUGCAAAGAUUGGAUCAGACUGCGAGAUGGCAAUGUUCAGCAUAGUGAAAGAUAGUUAAGGAAGCUCUAGUUGUUGCACCUUUGUGUCAAUAGAUGGUAUGAUGGUUGUUGUUUCUUCAGGUGGUGGUAGGGCAGACCUCCAGACAAUCAU